GGGGGGGGGGUAGGUAGGGGGAUCAAAUUGGCUGCUUUUUUUUUCUUUCCCUUUGUUUGGUCCAUGUCUGGCUGUCUACCUACGCAUCUCUGCUCUCAUCGUGGCUUUCUCGGCAUAUUUGUUUCCUCCUUUCUUUCUUUUUUGUCUCUCUUCGGCACGUUGUUGAUACAGCAUAGUUGCUUUGUGGUGGUGCAUUUACCGGCAUUGUCAUUUAUCUAUUUGGUCCUGUCCUGCCCUGUCCUGUCUUCAGCUAUCAUACGGAGAGGCGUUUGAGUUUUAUUUUUAUUUUCGUUGUUAUUUUCUUUUCUUUUAUUCUCCUUUUCUCAUUUGUUUCAUUGCAGUUUGUAGGUAGGACGAUCGGAAGGGAGG